AUGGACACAUUCAAAAAGGAACAAUUUACUACCGAUUCUAAAGAGCCACUAAAAUUGCUGCAAGAAAACUCAACAAGGUGGAAUAGCAGUUUUUACAUGAUCAAGAGGAUUAAUAAAGCCAGUGAAGCCCUUAAUCGAUCUCUAUUACAAUUAAAUAAAGCUCCUUCUCCACUUUCAUUAAAAGAAUGUACCACAUUAAAAAAAAUAGAAACAGUACUUUCCUGUUUUGAAGAGGCUACAAUAAAAAUUCAAGGAAAUAAUUAUACCACAAUCUCCUUAAUAAUACCUCUUACAUUUGGAAUAUUUACAUAUUUAACAAAGAAACUACUUGAUUUGACAACAGAAGAUGUGAGAAAACUAUGUUUAAAUCUACUGGAAUCUGUAAAAACACGAUUAUUUUUAUAUGAAACUCGAUCAGUUACCAGAUUGGCUACUAUAUUGGACCCUCGGUUCAAAAAAGAAGGCUUUAGGAGUAGCGACAAUGCUAAUGAAGCAAGUUCCUUGCUAGGACAAGAAAUGUUAGGCAUAUUAAAAAAAAAAGAAAUGAAAACCAAGCAUCUCAGAUUGAAAAUGAAGAUUCAAUAUCCAAAUGCAAAUGAGAGUCUUCUAAACUUGAACUCUUUAGAUUUUUAG